CAGUAGUCUUGUCGAUACAACUGUCAUUUACAGUGGACGUGGGGAAGGUAGGGAAGAACCAAAGAAUAGUAAAUAUGUUUAGCUAACUGUACAAAUUAAGUUUUUAAACAACAUAUAUUUAAAGUUCUCGACAGACAUGCACAAAGAAGACUUGUUUUAGUGUUCUUCAGAAGCGGAUAUCUUGGCGAUAUUUUUCCUGAAUGUGAUACGAAGCAGCAGAAUGUCAGCUCCCACCAACUCGCUUCAACAGCAGUCCACAGUCAGACGUAGCAAUGCAGGGUCCCCCAGUUUAUCCAACAGCUGCCGUUUGCACCCCAUCCGUGCUACUGUGCCCUACCAGCUCCUACGCGGGGGCCAGAGCAGCCCGACACGCUCUCCGUCUCACUCUGUUGGAGGCAACAAUGGACCGACAAAUAGCCGUGGGUCAUCUCCCCCAAAUGGGACACUGAAUCUUGGAGUAAAUUGCACUACUGCCACGAGACAGAGACUGUCUCCUGAAAAUAGGGUCUCGCACUCACCUGACCGGGGUCCAAACUCACCCGUUUGUAGAGGAGAGAGGUCCAAACUGCAGGCGCGUAGCUCCAGUGCUAUCCGGCGGACAUCUUCCCUGGACGCCAUUAUGGGGCCGUACCUCACAGGCCAGUGGCCUCGUGACUCCCACGGACCCUACCCUUCCUGCAUGAAAGACAAAGCCACACAGACUCCUGGUCUGUGGAUAGAGGAUGCUGGAGGGGAACAGGGAAGCCCACACCAGCGGUCAGCCUCCUGGGGUAGCGCAGACCAUCUGAAAGAGCAGAUUGCUAAACUCAGGCUGCAGCUCCAGCGCAGUAAACAGGUCAGCCGCCAGAGCAAAGACAGGGAUCAGCAGCUGGGUCUACACACCAGCACCACAUGCCAACCCCAGAAUAAGGUGGUUUCCACAGCCCUGUUGAAUAUCCCAGUGCCAAAGUCCCUCAUAUCGAGAGUGCCUAGCAGCGUGGAGGGCAUCAACCACGAGCUGGAGAAUGUGUUCAUCAGAGAGGACUGGAAGCAGGGAAUACAGGCUUUGGACGUGUUGGACGGCCACCGCGCCCCCUUUCAGCCUCAUCGCUACGGCAAUGGCGGUGACACACGCGACACGGAUACCCAGGCCCCCUCUAGUGGCGGUUCCAGCCCCUGGCCCUGCCACUUCACCCCUGACCCCCUCCACUCCCCAGAAGGCAGCCCCUGCUCUGCAGAAGAGCUUGACAAAGACAGCGGAUGCAGCUCUCCCCUUCCCAAGUUUGCCACCUCUCCCAAACCCAACAACAGCUACAUGUUCAAACGGGAGCCUCCGGAGGGGUGUGAGAGGGUCAAAGUGUUCGAAGAGAUGGUGUCUGGUGUCUCCAAAGGCUUCCCUCUUUUUUCAUGCCCAGACAAAAACAAGGUGAACUUCAUCCCCAGGGGCUCCGCCUUCUGUCCCGUCAAACUCCUCUGCUCCUCCCUCUUCACCACAACCUCUUCCAGCCCUGGUCUCCAUGGAAAAGGCAGCACAUGGCCCGAGGACGCCAUGACACCCACUAGUUCCACCACUCUAGCCUCCACUAACUGGAGCUCGUCUAUAGGCACAGACAUGGUCAGUAGCUCAGACACAGGCGUAGGCACCGACACAAGCACAGAGAACAGCACAGACAGUCUGAGCCCAGACACAGGCCCUAACACAGACACAGAUCAACUGACAAGCACAGCAAUGGUCUCAGACGGCCUGUCUACAGAUCCCUGCUCCACUACACACAUCCUUCUUACCAGCUAGUUCUCAGGUACAGUCUAGCUGCUGAGCAUUAGCCUGGUCCCAGAUCAGUUUGUGCUGUCUUGCUAACUCCUAUGGUCGCAAUGACCAUAGGAGGUGGCAAAACAGCACAAACAGAUCUGGGACCAGGCAAGCUGAGUAUGGCUCUUUAAUGCAACAUUAGCCAGCAAGGAGGGCCUAUUCUUACUAACCUAGCCUUCUCUUCUGCAAGGUGUGGCAGGCAACAUCCUCCAGAAAGACUUGUUUUCUUUUCAGAGGGUAGAUUCGAUUGUUUCAUGUAUUGUGUUCUGUAGCAAUCAGCUUUAUCAAAGUCAAUUCAAUAAAUUGAGAAGGAAUUAAGCAAUGGGCAAGAGAAGAACAUAUAUUUUAUUGAAUAUUGAAAAUGUUUAUCUAACCAGCUUAUUUAGCUGUUCUGUGUUGCUAGCUAAUAUUACAGCAUGGAUAAGCUUUUUAAUGAAAGAAAAGUAACAUGCCUGUUUAUAUUGAAAACCCUAUUGGGACGUCCUACAGUUACAAUACAAUGCUCCACUUUUCCCCGAAUGUUUCUACUUAUUUCAGGUCUCAGUCCAGUUUGUAAACUCAUGACAAAAAGCUAAAGAAAGACUAUCUGAAAGUGACCAAACAGCCAGCUACAAAGCACAGUGUUCCCACAUAGCCUUGUUUCAGGUCCCCUGAAGAACCAAUGAACUCAGGUCAUUUGGAAUGUACUACUCAUGCAUGAACUUCGACGUUGCCUUUUAUGGUUCAUUCAUGACAUUACUCCUAAGACAUUCCAUAGUCUUCAAACAAGUGCUGAUUCUAAUCUUUCAACAUGACAUAUUAAAGGAUUGCCAUCGAUAGAAAUGAUAACUUGGUGUACGGGAAAAUCCGUAAAGAUAGUUUCAAGUGCUUAAGACAUUCCAGAGGUUAUUAUAUUGUAGCUCCAAGAUAUCAGCAGUAUUAGCAGAUUUAGUAUUGUCAAAAUAAGGCCUAGAUUCAAUUGGAUUAAGCGUUAACCAGUGGUGUCUGAGUUUUGGCGGUGUCAGAGGUGUUAUUGCGUUGGAGCUGUCAAAUCGGUGAACAGCUGCUCCUGUGAUCAUUGUCACGAAGCCACACCCGUCCCACUCGCGAUAGAAAUUCAGAAAGAGAAAGUGUAGGCUAUAUAGAAAUAAUGACGCUCAAAUUGAAAAUCAUUCAACAAAAUAAUGAGAACUUCUAUC